AAAAUAAAAAAAACCAAAAAGGCAAGGUGUGUGAGUCGAGAAUGAAUUGGUUAGAAUUCAAUAUCUAUCUGUAAAAUAAAAAUAUAAAAAAUAUCCAUGUCGAUAAUGUGGUGAGUUGGUCAAGUUGAUGUAUUACAAGUCUCAAUUUACAAAUGGACAGUGACACCGACUCUAAUUUCCGAUUUGAUUUAUUUCGUAUUAUAUGAACUAAACUUAAUUUUUCUCUUACUCUGUCCACACCAAGACACACGGAGAUAUUCUGUGUUUCUUCUUCUUCUUCUUCUUCUUCUUCUUCUUCUUCUACAGCUUUGUGUUUUCAUUAGUAGUAGUGGUAGUACAGCAGUAGUAGUGGUUCAGAGUUGAGACUCUGGUUGAUCAGGAUAUGGAGAGCACGUUGAAAGACAUAAGGGAUGGCGCUUCAGUACUCGACAUGGACCCCACAUCCACCAUCGAUGGCGGUGUUGAGGACGUCUACGGUGAGGAUCGUGCCACCGAGGACCAGCUCGUCACCCCCUGGACUUUCUCUGUUGCUAGUGGAUAUUCAUUGCUGAGAGAUCCACAAUACAACAAAGGGCUUGCUUUCACUCUUAAGGAGAGAGACACCCAUUACUUGAGGGGUCUUCUGCCACCAGCUGUUGUGACUCAAGAUCUUCAGGUGAGGAAGUUGAUGAACAGUAUCCGACAAUAUGAGGUUCCGCUGCAAAAAUAUAUUGCCAUGAUGGAACUUCAGGAGAGAAAUGAAAGGCUAUUCUACAAAGUUCUUAUUGAUAAUGUUGAGGAGUUGCUACCGGUUGUCUAUACUCCUACUGUCGGCGAGGCUUGCCAGAAAUAUGGGAGCAUUUUCAAGCGACCUCAGGGUCUUUAUAUAAGUUUGAAUGAGAAGGGAAAAAUUCUGGAGGUAUUGAAGAAUUGGCCAGAAAGGAGCAUUCAAGUUAUUGUUGUGACUGACGGUGAGCGAAUUUUGGGACUUGGUGACCUUGGUUGUCAGGGAAUGGGGAUUCCUGUGGGGAAAUUGUCUUUGUACACAGCACUUGGAGGGGUUCGUCCAUCAGCUUGUUUGCCUAUAACCAUUGAUGUGGGAACAAACAAUGAGCAGUUGUUGAAGGAUGAGUUCUACAUUGGUCUUAGACAAAGGAGGGCAACUGGGCAGGAAUAUGCUGAACUUCUACACGAAUUCAUGACUGCUGUCAAGCAAAAUUACGGGGAAAAAGUUCUUGUUCAGUUCGAAGAUUUUGCAAACCACAAUGCCUUUGAGUUGCUAGCAAAAUAUGGGACUACACAUCUUGUCUUGAACGAUGACAUACAGGGGACAGCAGCUGUUGUUCUUGCAGGAGUUGUUGCAGCGUUAAAGUUGAUUGGUGGUAGCCUUGCUGACCACAAAUUCUUAUUCCUUGGUGCUGGGGAAGCUGGGACUGGUAUAGCAGAGCUAAUAGCUCUUGAAAUUUCGAAACGGACAAAAACUCCUGUGGAAGAGACGCGUAAGAAGAUCUGGCUUGUGGAUUCAAAGGGAUUGAUUGUUAACUCUCGCAAAGAUUCACUUCAACACUUCAAGAAGCCUUGGGCUCAUGAACAUGAACCUGUCAAGGACCUCCUAGGUGCUGUCAAGGCAAUUAAACCAACAGUUCUGAUUGGAUCAUCUGGGGUUGGUAGGACAUUUACGAAGGAAGUGGUCGAGGCCAUGGCCUCCUACAAUGAGAAACCUCUCAUUUUAGCACUCUCCAACCCGACCUCACAGUCUGAAUGUACCGCUGAAGAAGCAUACACUUGGACUAAGGGUCGUGCAAUUUUCGCAAGCGGAAGUCCAUUCGAUCCAGUUGAAUACAAUGGGAAAGUCUAUGUACCAGGACAGUCCAACAAUGCUUACAUUUUCCCUGGAAUUGGUCUGGGUUUGGUCAUCUCUGGAGCAAUCCGAGUGCAUGAUGAUAUGCUGCUGGCAGCCUCGGAAGCCUUGGCUACACAGGUCACACAGGAGAAUUAUGACAAGGGUCUGAUUUACCCACCAUUUUCUAACAUCAGAAAAAUUUCUGCUCAUAUAGCUGCUAAUGUUGCUGCUAAAGCAUAUGAGCUUGGUGUGGCUACUCGCCUCCCUCGUCCGAAGAACCUUGUAAAGUGUGCUGAGAGUAGCAUGUACACUCCUACCUACCGAGGCUACCGGUAAACAGUCCAGUGGUUCCUGCCUUUGUUGUGGAGCUUUGUAUCAAUCUACAUCUUUUUAAGCAUAAGAAUAAGAAGUAUAACUGUAAUGUUUUAUAAGUUGUGUGUUCUAUCUAAUAUCCAAGCGAGCAUAAUGCUUAGAAUUUGAGUUUGUCAAUUCAAAUCAAUGCCAAUAAAUAUAAUGUUGUGCAGUA